AAUCGUGGUGACUCAUGCGGUGCACGUAUAGCUGCCCAGGAAGAAAUCCGCUGCAAAACCAGUUAAAAUUAAUAUAGAACCUAAUGCAACGUAAUAAGGAAAUUAAUACAUUUUAUAGACCGGGUUAAAACCGUUGCAUUUCCUACCCGUUUUCUCCCCUACCGCCCCUUUCUCCCAUCGCAUCCCCACGCAUGACAGCGGUCGCUUCGUCAGCAGCGGAUUUUGGGAUCGUCGCAUGAUGGAGCCCCAUUUAUUGCUCCUAUUUCUGGGGGUUUUCUCCGUUAAACUCGUUGGCAUGCAGGGUUUGAGCACAGAGGAAGACCAGUCUCAGGAUCUCGAAUGCAAAAUGAAAAGUGUCACCGUGUCGGCGUUGCCUUUCUUGCGGGAAAACGAUCUGAGCAUCAUGCACAGUCCAUCGGCCUCCGAGCCUAAGCUCCUCUUCUCUGUUCGGAAUGAUUUUCCAGGAGAGAUCGCCGUUGUGGACGACCUGGAAAACACCGAGCUUCCUUAUUUUGUAUUAGAGAUCUCUGGGAACUCGGAGGACAUCCCACUCGUGCGCUGGCGGCAGCAGUGGCUGGAAAAUGGGACACUACUCUUCCACAUCCAUCACCAGGACAGCAUGCAAAGCCAGCCAGGCCUGACCCCCACUGAUUACCCCGCCACUGACUCAGCAGAGGAGGAACUCCGCAUACUGCACAUCUCUGUCAUGGGCGGCAUGAUAGCCUUGCUGUUGUCCAUCCUGUGUCUGGUCCUCAUCCUGUACACGCGUCGGCGCUGGUGUAAGCGUCGCCGGGUGCCCCAGCCACAGAAGAGUGCCAGUGCAGAGGCUGCCAACGAGAUCCACUACAUCCCCUCAGUGCUGAUGAGUGGCCAGGCCCGCGAGAGCCUGCGCAAUUCGCGCGGUCAGGGCCACAACUCCAGCGGCACCCUCAGCAUCCGCGAGACACCAAUUCUGGACGGUUACGAAUAUGACAUCGCGGACCUGCGGCACCACCUGCAACGCGAGUGCAUGAAUGGCGGCGAGGACUUUACCAGUCAGGUUACACGUACGCUGGAUUCACUGCAAGGCUGUAAUGACAAGGCCAGCUUGGACCUCACUCCUGGCAGUGACACUACUAAGCUAUCUCUAAUGAGCAAGUACAAGGACAACAUCAUCGCCACGAGCCCCAUUGAUGCCAACCACCAGCAAAACACGCUUAUUGCUCACAACACGUCAAGCAACCAGCGCAAACGUGUGACCAGCAAAACCCAUGGCUCGGUCUUCCUGAACCCAGACGGGGAUUCAGGUACAGAGGCUGACAGUGAACCCCAACUGACAUUCUACACCGACCCCAACCGAAGCCGGCGCCGCAGCCGAGGUACGAGAAAUGGUAACGCCUACAUCGCAUGGGGUGCCGGGGUAGGCUCCCCACGAAGCCCCAUCAACAAGACAACCCUGACACUGAUCAGCAUCAUCAGCUGCGUCAUCAGCCUGGUAUACUCCUCACACCUGUCCUGCAGCAUCAACGUGCGUGUCAUCCUGCACGUGCCAGAGCACCUCAUCGCCGACGGGUCACGGUUCAUUCUGCUGCAUGGCAGCCAGCUGGAUGCCAGUGACUGGCUGAACCCUGCUCAGGUGCUGCUCUUUUACCAACAAAACGCCAGCGGGCCUUGGGUUAAUGAACUGUGUGGCCGUCGCCUGCUAGACCCCUGCGAGCACCAGUGUGACCCAGAGACAGGCGAAUGCCUUUGCUUUGAUGGCUACAUGAAGGACCCCGUCCAUAAGCACCUUUGUAUUCGUAAUGAGUGGGGACCCAAUCAGGGACCCUGGCCUUACACGAUUUUCCAGAGGGGCUUUGAUCUGGUCAUGGGAGAGCAGCCCUCCGACCGCAUUUUCAGAUUCACGUACACUCUUGGGGAGGGCAUGUGGCUCCCCCUGAGCAAGAGUUUCGUCAUCCCCCCUGCCGAACUGGCCAUCAAUCCCUCAGCUAAGUGCAAGACAGACAUGACCGUAAUGGAGGAUGCGGUGGACGUCAGGGAGGAGUUGAUGGUCUCCUCAUCUUUUGAUAGCCUUGAGGUGUUGCUGGACUCCUUUGGUCCAGUACGUGAUUGUUCCAAGGACAAUGGGGGCUGUAGCAGGAACUUCCGCUGCAUCUCAGAUCGAAAGCUGGAUUCCAGCGGCUGUGUGUGCCCUCCAGGUCUAAGUCCCAUGAAAGAUGGUUCGGGCUGUUAUGAUCACCAUAUCGGAAUUGACUGUUCGGAUGGCUUCAACGGUGGCUGUGAACAGUUAUGCCUGCAGCAGGUUGCACCUUUAGAGGAGGAUCCCUCCUUUUACAACAUCCAGAUGUUCUGUGGUUGUAUUGAAGAUUAUAAGAGGGGACCGGAUGGACGUUCUUGCCAACCACUAUCAGAGGCUUGUACAGACGGACUGGACUGUGGUGAGGCAGUUGACAUCCCUGCCAAUGAAACUCUAUUUGGAGAUGUUUUUUAUGGCUACAACAAUCACACAAAGACUCUAACUUCUGGACAAAUCCUAAAGGUCACAUUCAGACAGAAGAACUUUGCCCGAGGCAUUGAGCAGCAACUCCCAGAUGGUAUGGUUGUGGCAUCCGUGCCAACAGAGGCACAGUGCCACGAGGAGAUGUCCGACCCAGUGCCCGACCCCGAAUAUCUCACAGGUAUGGUAAACUACAGUGAAGUGUCUGGAUAUCCCCUGGUACAGCAGUGGAGGUUGAGGUCCAUUUUGUACCAUGUCAAACUAAAUCAAUGGGCGCUUUCCCAGGCAUUCAGUUCGGCUGUCCAUUCUCUGGAUGGCGCUACCUUGCGGAGUGACUUUGUGGCCAUACUCAAGGAGUUCGGGAACCAUUUCGUUCAGGAGGCAGUCUAUGGCUUUGAGGAGUCCUGCAGCAUCUGGUACCCCAACAGGCAGGUUCAGAGACAGCUGUGGAUGGAGUACCAGGACAUCAGCAAAGGUAACUCUCCGUCGGAUGAAUCAGAGGAGCGAGAGAAGGAGCCCAGGACUCUCACGUACCCAGCCUACAUUGCCAGCCUGCUGGAUUCAGGCACCAAGCGUAUGGCAGCGGGGGUCCGCAUGGACUGCAGCAGCCAGGGCCAGUGCCCACUGUCCUGCCACCUCUGUCACAUGUCACCUGGGAUGAGCCGCCUCGCUGAGCCUGUCCUUCUGGAAAUCACAAAGGCAGCCCCAAUCUAUGAGCUGGUGUCCAACAACGACACCUUCCAGGCCCUGCAGGAGGCACUCACAAGUAUGCUGUGGUGCUCGGGAAAAGGCGAUGUCAUCGACGACUGGUGUCGCUGUGACUCAAGUGCAUUCGGGGCUGAUGGGCUGCCCACCUGUGCGCCUCUUCCCCAGCCCACACUGAAGCUGUCUCACGUCUUUGAGCCUAGCAGUUCAAUGGUCGUUAUGGAAUGGAACCACACAGAACCACCCAUUGGUGUUCGGAUUGUGGAUUACCUCAUCAGUCAAGAGAAGGUAACAGAGAGGGUGGACCACUCCAAGGUGGAAACAGAGACCAUGCUGAGCUUUGUGGACGAUAUCCUCUCUGGGGCCAAGUCGCCGUGUGUCAUGCUGGCAGAUAUUCCUGACCUGCUCACUUCCUCUAUUAGCAUGAUCAUCCGCUGCUUGGAACCGGACACCACUUACAUGUUCAGGCUGUGGGCAGUAGACAACACAGGGCGACGCUCCAACCCCACUGAGGUUACCAUCAAGACUCCCUGCCCCUCUGUAGAUGAUGUGAAGGCGCAAGAGAUCGCAGAUAAAAUCUACAACUUGUUUAACGGCUACACUAGCGGAAAAGAGCAGCAGACAGCCUACAACACACUGAUGGACCUGGGCUCGCCAUCACUGCACCGCGUCCUUUACCACUACAACCUGCGCUAUGAGAGCUUUGGCGAGUUCACAUGGCGCUGUGAGGAUGAGCUGGGACCCAGGAAAGCUGGGCUCAUCCUGUCGCAGCUAAACGACGUGAGCGGCUGGUGCAAGCGACUUCUGCAGGAGCCCAAGAUCGGCUUACGGAGAGUAGCUAUCAAAUACCUGGCCUGCCGUUACACUGACACGAAGGCUGUCACCCUCAACUGGCUGAACCUUGGGCAGGAUGUACGCAAGGCCUGUGAGGAACAGCACCUGUCUGUACUGUACAAUGAUUAUGGAGACCCAAAAGAACUGUAACUGAGGAGCAGGAAGUGUUUAGUUUCCAGUAGCUGUUUGGACUGAAUGAUUUGGGAUUUUACAUUUGAUGAAACUAGUAAACCCCAACUAAUAUGAUUGAUUAUUACAGUACAAGGAUAGCAUCUGCAAUGUUUCCUUUAGUUAUGUUAGUGGAUAUUUUCUUAAUUAGCUACUGUUUGACUGAAGUGGCUGAUUCUUAAAUCUUUGGAGGCUUACGUUUUUGUAAAUAAGAAUCUUCUAACAUACUAAGAUGUUCUCUUUAAGUGUUUAUAAGGUCUUUAGUGCAUACUGAUGUGGAAAGUUAGUGAAAGGGGAGUCCGAUAACACAAAAAAGUCUCUAGAAAUGUAAAUUACACAAGGAGUUUUAUUUACUAUAAUGUUGGUUGUAGUAUUUAAAGUUUAGCGCUGUUGUACAGAUGUUUUUUAGUGGAAACUGUAUUAUGUAUCUUUGGUAGGGGGGAUCAUUUACAUAAUAUGUUUUGGUCUGUGUUUUUAAUCUCAGCAUAUACAUGAAAUAUCUUUGUGGAAUAUAAUUUCAGUUACUCUAACCACAGGAAUCCGCACCUGUAUACCAGUAAAAAAUACAGUCAACACUCCUACAAAGUACGAGGCUACACAUUUAAGUGAAAAUCCACCUUUACUGUACUAUAAAAAUAGGAACAAUAAAACACAGUGGAUUAUGUUGAA